AGGGUUGGCGCGUGUUUUUUGUUUUUCCGUGAGGCCAUGAAGCGAAUCCGCGAGCCCGAGGGUCAGGUCGUCUCUGCGGCCGCGCCGCGGAAGACCUAUCAGGGGGAUGACCUGGGGCUCGGCUUCUACAAGCAGCCGCCCGACGUGGAAGUCUCUGUCCGCGACUUCGAGGACUUCACGGCGAACCGCUUGAAGAUCCUUCACGCCAUCGACCGGGCAUGCGCCGGUGAGAACUUCCGACUGGAGAACAUGAUCCAGCUGAAGCCGAAGUUGGCCAAGGACCUGAACGACUGCAGCUUGAUCCUAGGCUACCCCCAGGGCAAGCAGCGCAUGGAGAGCUUCCUCUCCGACAAGGCGGAGUUCGUGAGGCGGGACGCCGUGUCCCACUUUGCGCUGCGCCUGGCCUUUUGCAAGACCCGAGAUGCGCGGGAGUGGUUCCUGCGGCAGGAGCAGCGCCUCUUUGUGCUGCGCUUCGAGGCUCUCAGCGCAGAGGCAAAGGAGGCCUUCAUAGCUGUCAUGGGCAUGGACUGCAGCAGGUACAAUUUCAUAGACGGCCCCAAUCUGGACAAGCUGCAGAAGUGCACGGCGGGCGCGAAGAUCUGGUCUGAAGAGAGGAAGGUCCCGGAGUAUGAGCAGGUCUUCUACGCCCUCCCGUUUCAGGAGGUGCCCCCGCACCUCAUUGCCGGGCGGCGGGUGAUGCUUCAGCGCGGCAAGGCCUUUGUGGCCGCCAGCGUGCUGAAGCUGAUCGUGGCCAAGCGCUUCAAGGAGCAGCUGGCGGAGGGCCUGAACGUGGCCUUCCAAGGCCUGAAUAUCGCGAUGAUGGACAUGCGCGUGGGGGGCUUCCUCAAGUCGCUGCAGGACUACGGGCUGCAGCUGGUGGCGGGCCCCCGCACCUCCUCCGAGGAUGCGGGGGAGAAGCUGGCGCCGGAGAACUUCGAGGAGUUCAUGGCCCGCUCCUUCCCCCCCUGCAUGCGUCGCCUGGUGGAGCGCCAGCGUGAGAACAAGAAGCACCUGAAGCACGCCGGCAGGCUCCAGCUGCGGCCCUUCCUUAAGGACUGCGGCUUCACCUUCGAGGACUCCGUGCGCUGGUGGAAGCAGGAGCUGUGCAGAGAUCCAGAGAUCACCAGUGAGUCGUUCGAGAAGUCCGGCCUCCUGGUGUUCGAACGAAUCCGGCGUGGGUUAUCCCGGCUCCGAGCGGGUUUUGCCAACGGAGAAUCCCGUAGACUUACCUGUAUGACUUCGAGCACGCCUACGGCAAGAAGGGCCAUCUUCAAGGUUCGAACUGCUUCGGCUGUGCGAAGAUCCUGGCCAUGCCCAGCGAGACGCCCGGGCAGGUGCACGGGUGCAUGUUUCGACAGCUGGAGCUGCCGGCGCUGCGGAACCAGCUGCAGAGGUGGCGGGUGCCUGCCGCCUUUGUCGGGGAGAUCGAGAAACUGGUCAAGGAAGGGAAGCAUUACCAGCUGGCCUGCAUGGAGUACUUCAAGUCGCUGCAUGUGGGCCACGACGGGGAAGGGGUGGGCAACAGCCCCAUGGACUUCUUCCGCACCAGCGGCCGCUUCCACAAGAAGGAGAAAGAGAAGGCGAGUCCCGUGAAGGAACACGCGCCGCUGCCCAUCACCGCUGGUUGAGGCUCCUGAUUAGUGUCAGCUGAAUCCGAUCCUAGGGGAGCCGACGCAAGGGGCGCGUCGCAGGGAUGUCUGCGUGUCAGACAUCAUGUCGCGCUUGCAGUCGCAAGGAACAGGGGAGAAUCCUUGACUUGGGCAAGC